CUUCAUGUUUUUGAGUCAAACUUGAAAACCCACUAACACAAUCAUUAGUCCUUAGAUACCAAACACUUUCUUGGGAUCUGUUCUUCUUUAUUUUCCUUCUCAAAAUACACAACCCAACAAGCAAUCCAGAUCACCCUUUUUAACAGUCGUCCUUUUUCAGUAAAUAACAAUCUUUCCCUCACUCUAAAACUCUCUACUUCUUUUCAUCUUCACAUUCAGUUUCUGAAUUCUAGUCUGGUUCAGAUCCUAGUACUAUUCUAAAACACAAAAGCAAAGUUUUCACUCCUUCAGUUGUACUCAAACUCUACUCGUCUAACUGGGUAUUCUUUUUUUUGUCUUGCAUUCCUGGAACCAAAACAAGGUUUGGGAUUUUGUUUAUUUUUUACUCGUUUUUCAAGGGUUGAAGAACAUGGCUCAUUCUUUCACACGUAGGGAUAGCAGUAGAGAGUUCAAGAGGGUUGUUUUGGUGGUGGUAGUGAUGGUGGGUUUGUUUUUUAUUGGUUUCUGCGUAGUGACGCCAGUAUAUUGGCUAUUGAAGAGGGAUUUAACUCAUAAAGUUUCGUGUUUUUGUGCUCCCUGCGACUGCACUGUACAGCUUGACCUUCCUUCGCCAUUAAGUACCCUUAUCAGUGACACAUUCAAAGACUGUGGUUUGCAUGAUCCAGAAUUGAAGGAAGAAAUGGAGAAGGACAAUGCAGACCUGCUGGCAGAGGAGCUUCAUUUGCACGAAAUUGUAGCCAAUGAAACCUUAGAGCACACCAGAACAUUGAUGAAGGUUGCAAUGAGAACAUCUUCCCAGUUCCAAAGAGAAGCAGAGAGAUGCAAUGCAAGAAUGGAAACAUGUGAAGGAGCAAGGGAGAGAGCUGAGAGAUUGCUUACAGAGGAACGCAAGCUUUCAGAUUUAUGGGAAAAACGAGCUCGACAACUUGGAUGGAUACAAGAUGGCAGAGUUUAUACAUGAACAAAACAGAUUAUUAUUUGUUGUUUUAUCAUUCUUUGAAAAAUACUAAACAUUAUCACAACUUUUUAGUCUCUAAUUAUUUGUCAUUUUAUGCUAACAUUGACAUGUAAAUGAUAUGGCAUUGUUUUUUUGAGAGAUAUUAGGCCUUCUGGGCAGCAAUG